CGCUCAUUGACAGCUGCGCGGCCGUGGGAGGGAUACGUAUUCGUUUGGGGAGCAACCACACGAGUCGGCCAAGAAAGUCAGACGACGACCAGACAACAAAAGAGCAUUGUUGCUACCUUCUCACCACACCGCCAGCGCGCAUUGUAGUCUUUGACAGUUGUCAAUUGAAGCCCGCGGGUCUGCGAAUCGAACCGCCCCCCGCAUCUCCUUUCAUUUCCCCGCGUCUUUGGGCUCGUUUUGGGCUUAUCGACGGAUUCGGCCUUGCCUCGACACCAACAAGCACGCUCGAAGCAAAUAAAUCGGUAGCCAAUUAACAACCCGCACGGCACCGGGCAUUCAUUUGUGCUCUCACCUUUUAUACCAUCCCACUCAAACUCGCGGAAGCGACGACAAAGACGCCCACGCACUGCCAUCUACCAGCCGAUACUCGUCCCGAACUCCAAGCCGCCGCCGCCGCUGCCGCCCCGCGUCGUUCCACAUGCGCCGACGGAGGGCCCGGUGAUCUGAUGAAUACGGCUUGGCCACGACUGAGGACGCUCCGUGUCGGGGUGGACGAGGCCGUGCCUUGAGUGUUUUUGUUGCCCUCCUGCAACCAACGGCCCCAGACGCCAGCCGCCAUGUCCGCCUCCACGACCACGAGCCGCCCACGCCAGCGCCGCGCCGGCAGCGCAGGCCUAACCGACGACGGCUCCAAGUCCCGAUCUACCUCGACUUCCCUCCUCGCCGCCGGCCCGACGAGCUCAUCAUCCAGUCGCCGGGUGAGUCCCACCCCGAGCUCCCGGAACUCCCGGAACCCCUCGUCCUCGCGAGCCAGCGAUUCGUCCUCUUGGAUCGUCGGCGGCGGCGGCGGCGGAGCGAGCUCCUCCUCGCUCGGAAAGGGGCUGUGGGAUGGUGGUUUGGCGCCAGCUUGGGCCUCGGUCCAAGGCUUCGCCUCGUCCAUACUAUCUGGGGAGAGCCCGUACGCGAGUGAUACGGACCGGCAAGGAGAAAGCAACAAAAGCCGUGCCAGGCGGCCAACGCACCGACUGGAGCAUACAUCUCCUCGACAGGCUCCCGAGGCCUGGGGCCCUGAGCCACCGGGCUCCAAGCAGAAGCCCCAUCUUGACCAUGUCGCGGCCGGUAGUAUGGCCGAGCGUGAGGCGGCUCUCAAGGCCAGGCGUACGGCGAGCGUGCUGGAGAGCCACGAGGGCGUCAACGGGGGGCUCGACGUAGCGGGAAAGUUCAAGCGGCGGUCCUCAGACGAGAAUCUCAGAGGAUCCAGCGCCACUCAGGAGCCCGAGGAGUACCUCGCCUAUAUCCACCAUGUCCAGCCGUCGGACACGUAUGCCGGCAUAGUUUUGAAAUACCGCUGCCGAGAGGACGCUUUCCGGAAGGCCAACGGGCUGUGGUCGAGGGACAACAUACAAAUACGCAACUUCCUGGUAAUGCCCGUGGACGCAUGUGAGAUUAAGGGCCGAACUUGCGGUCCACCAACGUAUUACUCUCAGGAUGUUGACCUGCUGGCGACUACGCCAGGGAAGGGGGGCGGCAGCAAGGAUGUGGACGACUUCUUUAGUCCCUCCCCGAAUGGAAAGUUUGCCGAACAACCACCGUCAAUCGAAGAUGCACACCCGUGGACGCACGUCAGGUGGGUGGCGCUAGAAUCUUUCAAAGGCCCGAUAGAGAUUGCGCGGGUCUCACGGAGGAAUACUGGUUACUUCCCCCCACGGAGGAAGAAGAGCGUGCACACGACCACGACCCUUUCGACCCCCCGAGGAUCGAUGGAUUUGCCAGGAAUCAACCUCGCCGAGUCGAUCGACAGCCCCAGCAGCACAUCCUCCCGGAGACUGAGCGGGCUCUCCAACAGGCCCCAGGGGGCGGGGCACGCAUACAGCGCGUCAGUUCCGUCACCGUCAUCCCGGAGCAGGGGCGGCAGUGUUGGGCAGGAUGAACACAGGCCGGCGUGGAUGCGGCGGCCGGGCGGGGUCGGGUCGCUCGGGAGGACGGUGCGCGCGCCAGGCCCGGAGAAGGACUACUUCAACGUCUUUGCGCACAAGCACUUCCCCGGCAUCGGCAUCGGCUCGCUACCGUCCAUGUCCGUCAUGGGCUCCGAGACUGCGCGCUUCGGCUUCAACCCGGAGGCCAACGGGAUCGUGGAAAGUCCCUUUGAAGGUGGCCGUGACGGAACUUCGGCGGCUGCGGCCGCGGCCGCGGGAAAUAACGGGACGGGCCUCGAGCAGGCGGCGGCCACGGUCGAGAUGUGGCUGCGAGGCGCCUUCGCCAAGCGCUCGUCCGGAUCCAUGAGCCCCGGUUUGCGCCGGCAGACGCAGCAGCAACAACAACAACAGCAGCAGUCCCACGCCCGCCACUCGAGCGACUUUGACACCACGGGCUACAGCGACCUCAUAGAGCUUGAGGACACCAACAGCGACGACGGGCGGGCUGGCGGCGCCGUGAACCUGCUGAGCUCAUCGGGUAACGCCGCGGGCUCGUCUGGACGGAGCGGUGGGAACAGCUCGGCGCUGCGGGGUCGGACGACAGCCGGCGGAGGAGGAGGAGGAGGCGUGGGCAAGGGGAAGAAGGCGGAUUAGGGGACCGAAUGCAUGGUGAAGAUGUGCCCGUGGCCCGCCAGGGGCGAGUUGCUCAGAAUUGCAUGAUCGCGUCAAAGUUGCAGAUAGAUAUACAGCUUGUCGCGGAGAGGAUAUUUGGAUAAGAGGGAGAGUUUUUACCCCUUCAGGCAUAAAGCGGCGUUUUCACUUGUUUUUCUUUGUUUUUUUCUCUUUUACAUGCUUGGGCAUGCGAUCUGUAUAUACAGGGAUUUUAUCACCGUUAUUCUUUCCAUUCAUCUAUGUAGGGCGUUCAAAAAAGUCUUCUGUCUUCGCA